AUGGAUAGUAAGUCUAAUUUAAAUAAUAAGCAUUGGACAAAUAUUAUAUUUACUACUCCAACUCCUGUAUUUAUAUCUGCAACACCUACUAAACAAAUUCAACAAAAUGUAAUUAAUAUUGCUAAUGAAAUUGAAAAAGCUAUAUUGUCUAUUGAUAUUAUAAAAGUUUUAGCUAUUAUUACUGAUAAUAUAUUAGCUAAAACUAUUCUUGAAAAAGCAAAAAAAAUUGUUAUUUUUUUUCGUAAUCAUAUUAUUCUAGCUACUAUUUUAAAAAAAUAUCAAAAAGAAAAAUAUGGUUCUAACUAUAAGUUAUUAAAACUUCCUGUUAAAACUCAUUGGUAUUCAGCAGCAAAAUAUUUAGAUUCUGUAUAUAAGAAUCAAUUAGCUUUAUAUCUUACUAUUACUGAAAUUUUUAGUAUUAAUACUAUUGAAAUAGAUAAUGAAAUUAAAACAUAUAUUUAUGAAGAAAAUUUUUGA